UCUAUAUAAUUUUGGGGUGUUAAUUCACAACAUGGCAUUGCCAAGUUCCCGGAGUUCUGGGGCUCACAAUAAACCACAGCCACCGCCAGUUCCACCUCGUUCUGUUGUUGUGCCACGCCCCAGUAUGCUGCAAUUUGAGCCCCAUGAAGUGCAGAGCAUAUCCAGAUGCAGGUAUAUGGUGCUGGUUUAUCUGCUCGUCUCCGUAUUACUAUUGCUCGCUUUGGUCCAAUGGGAAGUUGUAUCAUCUUAUGAACCAUUAACCAAGUUCUUUUUGGACAAGUACUGGCUGAGUGUUGGUUGUAUGCUGAUUUCAGUUCCACUUCUCGCUGUCUUUUUGCUCAUCCGCCAAGCUCGAUAUAUGCCGAUCCUUGGAUGGGUACUCUUAUGUCUCAUUAUAGAGCUAAUGGUCAUUGGUAUUUGCACAUUUGCCGCUUAUUGUGAUGAAUGGCACUUCUUGAUAUACUUUAUCAUCACUGCAGUCCUCGUGGUGACCUGUGUGCUUAUUGGUUCCUUUAUUCCUUGUGAUUUGACUGCUAAUGUGGCUGUACUUUUCCUGGUCAGCAUGCAGAUAUUUCUGGUCAGCAUAUUUCUGCUAAUGACCUUUAUGAUGAUUGAUUCAGCCGAUGGAUUUUUUUAUCCCUUUGCCUCCUUGGUUUUGGUGAUUAUUUGUAUGCUCACCAUGUACCAUGCCCAACUGAUCCGAGGUUGGCGGUAUGCAGAACUAUAUACCACCGAUGGACUCUUUGCAGUGAUCGUCCUUUUCUGUCAUUUCUGCAUUAUCCUGAUGCUCUUUUGCUAUUUGGACUGGUCGAAAAAAUGCCGAGUACUGAAGAUUAUAUUGAAGGCCUAA